AUGACCCAGAACCUCAAGUUCGCUUCCAGAAUAUUCCAUCGCGCCCGCUGGGCUCCAAAACGAGACUCCGGCGCAGCACCCCAUAGUUUGGCGGACCUCCCAGGCCCCUCCACGCCUAGUGUCCUUGCUGAACUCUUCUGCAAGGGGGGGCUGUGGCGGCUACAUGAGCUGCAGGUCCAGGGCGCCGCGCGCUUCGGGCCGGUGUGGCUGGCCAGCUUCGGGAAGGUGCGCACCGUGUACUUGGCGGGCCCCGCGCUCGUGGAGCAGCUGCUGCGACAAGAAGGACCCCGGCCCGAGCGCUGCAGCUUCUCGCCUUGGGCCGAGCAUCGUCGCCGGGGCCAGCGGGCCUGCGGGCUGCUCACCGCGGAGGGCGAGGAAUGGCAGCGGCUCCGGAGCCUCCUGGCCCCGCUCCUUCUCCGGCCUCCAGCGGCCGCCCGCUACGCCGGCACCCUGGACCAGGUGGUCCGGGACCUCGUGGGGCGACUGCGGCGCCAGCGGGGACGGGGCGCUGGGCCGCCCACCCUGGUUCGGGACGUAGCCGGAGAGUUUUACAAAUUCGGCCUCGAAGGCAUCGCGGCGGUGCUAUUGGGGUCACGCCUGGGCUGCCUGGAGGCCGAGGUCCCCGAAGACACCGAGACCUUCAUCCGCGCCGUGGGAUCCGUGUUUGUGUCCACGCUCUUGACCAUGGCGAUGCCCACCUGGCUGCAUCGCCUGGUGCCCGGACCCUGGAGCCGCCUCUGCCGAGACUGGGACCAGAUGUUUGCAUUUACCCAGCAGCAUGUGGAGCGACAAGCGGCUGAGCUGGCCCAGAGGGACCCAGGAAAGCCUGGCAAGGACACAGGACCUGGGGAGCACCUCACCCAUAUCAUGCUCCGGGAGAAAUUGCCUGUCCCUUGCAUCCUGGGAAAUGUGACAGAGUUGCUACUGGCUGGAGUUGACACAGUGUCCAACACACUCUCCUGGGCCCUCUAUGAACUUGCUCAGCACCCUGAGGUCCAGAAGGCUCUUCACUCUGAAAUCACCAUGGCUCUGGAUCCUGGUGCCCAGUACCCUGCCGCUGCUCUGUCUCAGCUACCACUACUAAAAGCCGUGAUCAAGGAGGUGCUAAGACUGUAUCCUGUGGUACCAGGAAAUUCUCGUGUUCCAGACAAAGACAUCCGUGUCGGUGAUUACAUUAUUCCCAAAAAUACACUAGUGACACUCUGUCACUACGCCACUUCAAGGGACCCUGCCCAGUUCCGAGAGCCAAAUUCAUUUCGCCCAGCUCGCUGGCUGGGGGAAGACCCAGCCCCCCACCCAUUUGCAUCUCUGCCCUUUGGCUUUGGCAAACGCAGCUGUAUGGGGAGAAGGCUGGCUGAGCUUGAAUUGCAAGUGGCCUUGGCCCAGAUCUUGAUCCACUUUGAGGUACAACCUGAGCCAGGUGCUGCCCCAAUCAAACCCAUGACCCGGACAGUGCUGGUGCCUGAGAGGAGCAUAAACCUUCAGUUCCUGGACAGAUAAUUCUGCAGAAGGAAGCCAUCAUUGCCAGCCUUUCUCAUACCUUUAUUAGGUGCAAAACAGGGAGACGCAUAUACACCUCAGGCCUGUCUGACCAAACUGGAUAGAAAGACUAAAGCCCAGUACUUGAAGCAAUUCUGAUCUGUGUAUGAAGCAUAUAGUCGGUCUACACCAUGAAACAUCAUGUCCUUCUGCAAA